CCGCGUUCUGAUUGGCUACGCGCGGCGUCAGGGGGUGUGGCUGCGCAUGAAUCCGGGAACGGAGGGGUUGAACCGUCCGGCCGCGGAGAGCCACGUCGGCAGCGGCUGGGCCUUGCGGCAGGGCCACUGGAUCGGUGUAACUGAGGAUCCCCCCUUGGCCCAGACUCUUUCUCUCUCUCUUUCUCUCUACUGGCUUGUGGGACUGGCACAGACUCCAUUUAAGUUUCCUUUUAUAGAAAUGGAUUUUGAGGCAGUUGCAAAGUACUCAGCAUUACACCUGAAACCAGCUGGACUUAGCCUUCAGUAUGGAACUGCUGGAUUUCGUACCAAGGCAGGACAUCUUGAUCAUGUCAUGUAUCGCAUGGGUUUGCUGGCAGUCCUAAGGUCCAGGCAGACCAAAUCUACUAUUGGAGUCAUGGUUACAGCAUCUCACAAUCCUGAAGAAGACAAUGGUGUAAAAUUGGUCGAUCCUCUGGGUGAAAUGUUGACCUCUGCCUGGGAAGAAUAUGCUACACGCCUGGCUAAUGCAGAAGAGCAAGAAAUACAGAGCAUACUGACUGAGAUCUGCCAGAAAGAAGCAGUGAAACUGCACGAACAUGCCUCAGUUUUUAUUGGUAGAGACACCAGACAUAGCAGUGAGAAACUUUCACAGUCAGUAAUAGAUGGUGUAUCUGCUCUAGGUGGUCAAUAUCAUGAUUAUGGUCUGGUGACAACACCACAGCUGCAUUACAUGGUCUGCUGUCAAAAUACUCAAGAACACUAUGGGAAGGCAACAGUGGAAGGUUACUACCAGAAACUAUCCAAAGCUUUUGGGGAGCUGACAAAACAAGCUUCCAGCUCUGAAGAUGACCAGAUGUGUCUGAAGAUAGAUUGUGCAAAUGGUAUAGGAGCCCUAAAACUAAAGGAAAUGGAACGUUACCUUCCAAAGAAACUGCUAAUUCACCUAUAUAAUGAUGGAACCAAAGAGAAACUCAAUCAUUUAUGCGGUGCAGACUUUGUGAAAGUUCAUCAGAAACCUCCUGUAGGACUAGAAAUCAAACCUAACGAAAGAUGCUGCUCGUUUGAUGGAGAUGCAGACAGAAUUGUUUAUUACUAUAAUGAUACUGCUGGCCAUUUUCAUCUUGUGGAUGGAGAUAAAAUAGCAACUUUAAUUAGCACUUUCAUUAAAGAACUUCUUAUCAAGGUAGGACAAAAUCUAAAGAUGGCAGUGGUACAAACAGCAUAUGCUAAUGGGAGCUCUACAUGUUAUCUUGAGGAAACCAUGAAGGUGCCUGUUCAUUGUACCAAAACAGGAGUAAAGCAUUUACAUCACAAGGCCCAGGAAUUUGACAUUGGAGUUUACUUUGAGGCAAAUGGACAUGGAACAGUAUUAUUUAGUAAAGCUGCUGAAGAGAAAAUAAGACACAUGGCAAAAGAAGAAAAGGAGAAUCAAAAAAGAGAAGCUGCGAAGAUGCUUGAAAAUACCAUUGACCUGAUUAAUCAAACUGUGGGUGAUGCCAUCUCAGACAUGCUAGUGAUUGAAGCAAUCUUGGCUCUAAAGGGUCUGACAGUGCAACAAUGGGAUGCCAUUUACACAGAUCUUCCCAACCGACAGCUGAAAGUUAAGGUUGCAGACAGACGAGUCAUUGACACAACAGAUGCUGAGAGACGUGCAGUUGCACCCCCAGGACUACAAGAAAAAAUUGAUGAACUUGUAAAGAAGUACAGACUGUCACGAGCUUUUGUCCGCCCAUCAGGAACAGAAGAUGUAGUGCGCGUAUACUCUGAAGCAGACACGCAGGAGAAUGCAGAUUCCCUCGCACAUGAAGUAAGCCUUGCUGUUUACCAUCUAGCUGGUGGAAUAGGAGAACCACCUCAGCCUGUAUGUUGAAAGACACAGCCUUGGUCAUGCUACCUAAACCUGCUUUCUUUAUUAAUUCCCCCCUUCCCCCCUUCAUGUUAAGCAUGAACUUAACAAGUCAGCAAUAACAAAUCAAACCUCCUGGUUUUUUUU